AUGGCAUCCACUAGCGGGCACUCGACGUCGCAUCCGCCCCAGUACGGCCACUAUGUCCACGACAGCGAGGAGACAUCCGACUCGAACGAGGAGUUUGCCAGUGCAUCCGAGGGCGACGACGAACUACCAUGGGAACCAAUUGUCACUAAAAGCCCCAUCAUCGCCAGGCAGAGUCAUCUGCAUCUGAACGCCCCAGAGGAACACGACCAGGAGCACGACCAGGAACAAGCCCAAAUCGAAACACCUAGGCCAGCACAUUCGACCGCUCGUCCUAUGCCAGAGCAGCCAGCUUUACAACACCAGCAUCAGAACCAGGCUCAGCAGCAGCUUCAGACGCAGACGCAUGUGGAUCAACAGCAUCGACCAGAGUCAGCGCAAGUUAGUCAACAGCAGCAACACCAUGGAUACCAUGAGCAACACUACCAACAGCAACACCAGUACCAUAAUCAACAGCACCAUGAUCAGCAUCAAUACCACCAGAACCAACCUGCUCGACACGACCAACAACAUCGUCAGCUGCAGCCGCAGCCCCAGCGUGCAUCCAUUCACGAGCAGUCGUACAGGAGCAGCGAUCCAUCAGCGACAACCACUUCCCACUUUCAACAGCAGUCGCACUCUCAGUCGUUUUCGUCGUCGUCCUACUCGUAUUCGCAAACUCACCAACAAGUAAAGCAGCAUUCCUCGUCCUCUUCGACCUCAUCCUUGACGCGCUCACAGCACAGUUCCAGCCAAACUCUAUCCCACGGAUCAACACCCAAGCUUCGGGAGCGAAUGCGACAGAGUCCUGUGCUUUACUCUAAGGUUGUCCAGGCAUACCUCGACCCCAAUAGCUCCGCAGGCCAAUAUCAGCAAUUGACGCCAGAACAUGUUCGCCAGGCUUGGCUUCAGGAUGUAGAACAGGAGAGCAGUGAGGACGAUUUCGAAGAUGAGGCGGGCCAGUCCGUGGACCAGAGGGUGCCUAAAUAUGUCACUCCUGUGCGGGAUCACAGAGAGCCUUCAGUACCGAUUUCAGCGCCAGCGCCCCCUACUGUUACUCCCUCAAACUUUGUGGCAUACUCUAUGCCGGAUCUGCAAAAUGAAGACGCAUCCUGGGGAUUCGACGACGAAAUCAAUGUGGACGAGGUGCAAGAAUCGACCCUGGCGGGAAUGUCUCAAGGUUUCAACGACAAGGCUGAGGUUGAAGAGACACAGCAGACGAAUCUAAGAGAAACGUCGUGGGAAUUCGAUGAUAGAAAUGUUGUCGAUGAUACUGUACCAUCGGAUCAAGUGGAGACGUCUUGGGGGUUUGAUGAUCAAUUGGAGAUUGAGGAGCCUGCGUCUGAUUUUCCUACCCACCAAGCACAGGACAGUGCCACGACUCAGCAAGAGGAGCACCCAAAUACUCAAUAUACACAUGAGGAUGUCGAGGACGCCUGGGAUUAUGACGAUCAGCUCAUGGAUCUCGCUGAAACAGCGGUUCAAACCGCUCCGCAAUCCGCAGAGGUGACGAUUGACCAGGAUAGACGGGUCAGCAUUGGGGGCGAUGGUGGAGACGACGCUGAAAUUGGGGAGCCAAUGGAGCCUUCAAAUCCGUUUGCCAGUUCAGACGACCAUUUUUAUGCAGAGCAGGAGUCGUCAGAAACUUCAACCUUAUCAACUAUCAACCAGGAUCACGUUGAACCCAGUCUUGUGAGCGAGGGGCUUCACCACAGUGAGGCGGAUCAACUCCAGUCAAUUGCUUCUGAUGUCCCUCGUUCCACGACCAAUCAAGACGCGAUGGAGGAACUAGCAGAGGCUACCAAGAAUGAUACCGACCGUGCUCGGCUCGAGCACGACUUCGACAAUCCUACAGAGGCAGUGCAUGGGACACAUUCAAGCGAUAUUGGGGUCGAGAAUGCAGAGUCAUCUUGGGGCUUUGAUAUGGACGAGGACAUUGACAUUGAGGUAGAUUCCGUCCAAGAAGAGGCUCUUUCGUCAGAAUAUUCUUAUGAUCAGGAGAGGUCCCUCAACGGGCAUCAACACCAUGAGCUGGGCGCCUCACUCGGCACCAUCAGCAGCUCGGAUGGUCAAGAGAAGGGCUUGGAGUCAUUUGCGGCUAGCGCGACGCCACACGCUGAUACGGAGCCUGGCCACAUUACUCAUGGCAGCGACAAUGAGCACGACUCUGAAGUUAGGGAGGUCCUUCGUGCAGCUCGUUCCAAUCCCUUCGUCAAGCCAGAGGACAAUCAUCACACAGAGCCGACCCCAGUAGCACUAUCCUCAGCAGCCAGCGAACAGGAUCAUCUGCAGGGCAGCAGCACUACUAGAAAUAUCGAUUCCGAAGGAUCCAUCCCUGCUUCCCUACAGAUUGCGGUAGAAAGUAAAGUCAAAAACGUGGAGAAUGAUCUAUAUUCGCAAGUACCGGAUACCCUUCCAGAGUCCACUGAGACUGAUUCGCUCGAAUCAGCGACUCGUCGAACAGGUCCAAGUUCCGUUGCACAAGACUCAAUGUCCGUCGCCUCGGAUUCAGAGAGCAGCGACCUAUAUGGCGAUCUCUCCACCGCGCGCUCAGGGAUGAAUGCAUCUUCAAACCGUCUGAACGAGAUUUUAGACGACGACGAUUAUCUGGAACACAUGGAGCGUGGCGUACCAAUGAAUCGGUCAAUCAGCACCCCGUAUAGCGACGAUGAAUCACCAAAGUUUAUUGUGGACGACGAAGAUGUGGAGCUGAUGGAGCGUGGAGAGCCUCGACCCUUGGAUGGCACUUCAGUUGCUCGGCAUGAAGCUCUGAGUGAGGACGAGACUGAAGCUGCGCCUUCUAACUUGGAGGACGACCUUGGUCUCUCCAAUCUGUCUGCUGCAUCUACUAGUCUUGUCGCUAUUUCUGACGACGCAAGGAUUGAGAACUCAGCGCACGAGGUCUUUCUUCAGGAGAAUAUGCCGUUCCCAGAAGACGCCGUUGAUGGCGCCAUCCCUACAUCCGCUACCAGUUUGCCACAUCAUGAUAAUCUUGAGCAGGAGGAGCUGAAAUUAGGCGCUGAAUUGACUACAGUACCACAGGAAUCAAUCCGUACCCGCCCUGAGCACGAUGCUGGGCAUACAUACGAGACGGUAGCCGAGCAUACUAGCGAGUGUGAAGACAAGGAUUUGGAAGAGACAAUAGCUGGUGCCAUGGACGAUGAUCAGGAUCCAGCCAAUCCCUUCAGCGAUGCGGCAGCCAUUGAUGACCAGGAUGCAUGGCAAUCAUCCUAUGAGCCUCCAACAGGAAUCCAGAAGUCUGAAGCUGACGAAGACGACCAGCUUCAGGAGAGCGUCCAGCAUUCUGAGCCAGAGUCCCAGAACAUCAUCGAGACAGGUGUAGCACCUGCGAAGGAGGUUGACGAUGGAUUUGCUCAGAAUACUGAUGAGACGCUGGAGGAAGAUGCGUGGGCCGACCUGGACAUGAGCAUCGUCGUGGAGCCAGCUCUCGCAGAGCAGCACCCGCUCACUGAUACGUCUGUGCACGAGGAACCGAGCAGUGUCUAUUCCGCAGUCGAGGCGCAGAGUCAUUUCGGGCGCGCUUUUGACAGCCAUAUUGAUGACAACAUCGAAGCGAGCACAAAGGAAGAUGCGUGGGCCGAUCAGGAUAUGAACAUUGUAGUGGAGUCAACGACUACAGAGGAGUAUCCACCUGUCGACAUACCCGGGAAAGAGAAAUCCAGCCGGGACUACUCAGUUUUCCUAGAGCACGAUGCUCAAAACCAGCCUGAACGCACAUUGGGCAAUGAUUUUGAGGAUACUGUCGAAGCAAGCGAGCAGAAUGAUGCGUGGAUCGAUCAGGAAGUGAAUACUAUCAUGGAGCCUACUCCCGUGGAGGCAUCUGUAGCGGAUGAUACAUCUGCGCAUGAAGAGCCAAGUGGAGAUGACCCGGCCCCUAAGAUGCUUGAUGCCCAAAAUCACUCUGUGCACACCUUGGAUACCAAUCUUGAGGGUACCAUCGAGUCGGGCCCUCAGAAGGAUGCUUGGGACGAAAAUGAGGAGGAUCUUGCCUUCGACGCGGAACCAGCACCAAGCGCGACACAAGGCGAUAAAAUGCCGGCUGCACACUUUAACGAGGUUGAAACCCAUCGUGAUGAUGACGGUGAUGCUGUCCAUGCGAACCUUACUAUCUCGGCGCCCGUAGUUGGCAUCAGCCUUCAAGACUUUAUCGAUACUGCUCUGGAACAAGAGGAUGCAUGGAGGGACGAUUUCGAAACUAACUCUGAGAUCGCCCCAGGUCAUGUUCAGGAGGCAGUGAGCUCGGAGGACCUUUACGAGCACCAACAAGGCCAUAUUAACGAUUUGAUUCCGGAAACUACUGCUGCCGGAGCAAUCUCCGGCCGCUCUGGUGAUGUCAGCGUUGCGCCCGACCUGGACGCCGACGCUAUCGACGAGUCCGGCCAGUCUAAUACGGACCAAGAAGCAAAGCUCGCUGUUGUUACGGACAUGUGCCAGGAUGAUCGCCACGAUGCCUUGAGUCUGCAGGGGGCUGAGAUCAAUACCCAGGAACUAGUUCAGUCAAUUACGGAUGGUGAUGUUGUGAAUGCUAUCGACGCGGCAGUUGAGGAGGACAUGUGGGGAGAUCAGGAUCUCGACAUUAACUCUGAGGAUUUCCACGCCGCGCCAACACCGUUCGAGCAGGACCAUGUGAAGCACAGGGAUCACACAGGCAACAUCGAUCUUCUAGAGGGAACUGCAGUCGAAUCCGAUCAUCAGUCCGUAUUGCCUGCAGCUGUAGUUUCUGUUACCACUCCUGGUCUUUCUUGGGGUGAACCCACGGCUGAGCUGGACCUCGAGGAGGCACUAGGACAGGAUGCGUGGGGAGAGCAGGACGGCGAUGCCUCUGUUGACCAGGUGCACACCAUCCCUACCACUUCGUCACAGAGGGCCGAUACUUUCCAUUUGCCGGUUCACAGCGCUCAUUUCACUUCAGCACAAGAGUCAAGCAAGGAAGAAGAGGUUCAGGAAAGCGCUCAGCCGUUUUCCACAAACGAGGAUGGAACGAGCGUCUCUGUAUCCUCUCGCAAGGUGGAACCAAUUAUUCCUGAAUCUCAGAUUGAGAAGGCAGAUGAUCUUAACGAGGAUGCCUGGGGAUGGGAUGAAGAUGAUGUCGAUGUCGAUCCCAAGCUCGAGAAGGAGGGCGUUCGCUCAAGCAAAGAGAAGUUUGAGGUCUCGGAGGGACUCGGCGGUCAGGCGUUUGCAGAACCACAAGAAGUAUCCCAAACUAACAAGGGGGCAACGCCAGAGGAGUCAAAGACAAUGGCUGCACCGGAGGAGGCCACGCCACAUGCUCUUCUAGCCAUGGCUGCUGUCAUCAGUAUAUCUGACAAAUUAUCUCCGCUCACCAUCCAAAAUGAGCCUCUUUCCCUUGGAACGGGCAGCGGCGAAGGCGACGAGGACAGCCCCAGUCAGAGUCCGUGGCAGGACGUCUCACCGGCUUCAGUCUCGAAGAGGAGCGAGGCUGGCGUAAGUGUUGGGUCCGAGCUUGAGUCCGAAUACUCGAUUCGAUCGCUAGAUGAAUAUGAGAGGGUUUCGCCAGGAUCUGAACGCGGACAAUUCCAUGGUCGUGAUCGUAGCAGUGGUUCAAUAUCCUCUGAGUCUAGAAGAGGAAUGGGCAGCACUAUGUCAUGGACGGACCUGAAUCAGGACGAUUGGCACACGGAUGCGCAUGGGGACGUCGUUCAUGAUGAGAACACUAAGGAAAGGACUUCCCUAACAGCGUCAUUCAACCAGAAAUCUAAGGAUAUCGUCGCUAGCAGUGAGAUCUCAGAGCUGCCGGAUAUCAGCGGCGCAGACAGCUGGGACUUUGAUCAAGACGACGAUGUGCACAUCGGUAUGCCAUCCUUUAUUGCGGACCAAACUUCCAUAUCUACCAGGACAGAAUCCUCGCGAAACUUAAAAACGCCGGACAUCUCUGAGCAUGAUUCCGCUGUCCAACACCAUACGUCCAACUACUCCUCACCAUCCUCUGGCAGUAGAUUAUCAUUCAGCCAGUUGAGUGUCGCAGGAUCAAGUCCAACAUUGCUCGGCCACCAUCAGGCUCAGCCUUCGGCACCUAUUUCUACGUCUUCGACUUUUGAAAGUCUUUCGUCGGCCGAAGCCGCUCCAGAUGUGAAGCCAGAGGUCGAGGACGAUUCACAUCUGCCCUUGGCCAUUCGUCAGCAACGCGCCCGACUCGCAGCCAAAGGAAAACCGUUACCGCCAAUUUCAAAGUACAAGAGCACUAAGGGCACUCCCAAUGUGGAUCAAAGCGCAACGACAACGGUCUCUCCACGAAUCUCUGCAACAACGUCUCCUGUGAUCUCCUUUACCUCUCCUGUUAAGACACCAGUCAGCCCCAUGUCGAAUGCAGCGACGACACCCACAGAUCAAAAGUAUUUGACGCCGGCUUUGCAGAAGCAGAGAGAGCGACUGGAGCAGAAGAGAGCCUCGGCUUCACCACUCGGCGCUGUUCGUCGGCUGACAGUGACGGAACCUUCAGCGGGCCAUCAACCGUUGCAGCAGCAGCAACAACAGCCAUCGGUCCUCCAGAUUGCAUCACCGCGCAUCUCGCAGGCUACGUUGCCUUCAGCGCUGAAACAUACAUUGAAGUCCCCAACGAUGGCAAAGAAGAUGGUGCAUCUGUCUGAUACUCAUGAAGCAUCCACACCAUUAUCCUUUGAUGAAUCAUCUGCGAAGGAGGUUGGACAAACAUCUCGCUACAGAAGAUCGAGUGUUUCACAUGGAUCACCAACACCAAUUCUUUCGCCUUCAAUCCUUGCAGAGGGAUUUGUUAGACGGAACAAGGAUGGCAGCCGGCCAAAGCCACAGCAUUCAGCAGAAAAUCAGGAGUCGGACAUCGUGAGGACGAGCCAGAGCGACGCCUAUCGAUACGGUUCGAGAAUCUCGACGUCGUCUUCGCGGUCAGGAUGGGAUGAUUUCGGAGACGUCGAUGAAAAUGCAGAGGUGGAGAGCACCAUGUCCGCCGGCAGGAAAGAUUUCCCGCCAAAACAACCAGCGACAACGGAACUAUCGUCAACAUCGUCGUCUUCGUUCUAUCAGCAGACGGUCCCUGGACUGGAUGACGAUCAUGUUGACCGCUUUGGUGGCCCGUCAACAGUAUCUGGAUCUGGAUCGGUAUCUGGUUUGGGCACUAGCUCAACGUCUUUGUAUCUGAGCAAUUCGAAGGUGGAUGAGUAUGAUCCUUAUGGACCCAUGGCGAACAGGUCGAACAAGAGUAAGGCCAGGAACUCAACGGAUGAAGGCGAGGUUCUGAUCGACCGAUCCAAGCAUUCGCCGAGCGUGUCGCUGCUCUCUCCAACAUCUGCCGGAAGCAUGAGCCAUCGACAUGAUCACGGCAGCAGUGCCAGUAACAACAACAGCAGCUUGUGGGGAGGGGGCGGUGGUAGUGGCAGUCUUGUGGGAGAUAUUACGGGCAUCGUAAAUGAGAAGAAGAUGGCCGGACCGGGAGGCAUUUCCAACAACGGUGGCCGUAAUGAUAAGGAGGACAGCAACAAGAAGCCAACAAUGUCUUCAACAGGAGCAUCUUCGAACCUACAGAAAUCCAGUAGCUGGUCUCUUGGAUCAUGGGUCAGUUCAGCGGUCGCGGUGGCGACUGAGACGAUCGACAAGGCGUACGAGACCUUGGAUCCGGAGUACUCGCGGAUGAAGUCUCGUGGAGGUACCAUGACGAGCUCUGGAGACGGGUCUGUGCUUUCGGAUAGUGGAAUGGAUGAUCCGGACAGCUUGAGCCCCUACAAGAAGCCAGGAUAUUUGGUUGGAGGUAGUUCUUUGGCGUUGGGGCUGGCAUCCAUCUCGACAGGUCCUCCUCAACAAUCCCAAGCAGCACCAUCACAACCAACACAGCAGCAGCAGCAGCAGCAGCAGCAACAGCAACAGCAACAGCAACAGCAACAGCAACAGCAACAGCAACAGCAACAGCAACAGCAACAGCAACAGCAACAACAGCAACUUCGGUUUGGUACUAGUAGGGGCAGUUUGGAGCAGCAGUCAUCAGCAUCGCCGAGGUUGAUAAGGAAGAAUGCUGCUGGACGGUGA